AACCUCCGCUCUCGCUUUCUUUGUCUCUCUCUCUCUGUCUCUCUCGCUCUCGCUCUCGUCUCAUAUCCCUCCAAACACCUCCCGCCGCACACCGGCCUCCACCACCGCACCAGCUCCCCGCCCUGCGUGCCGGGACCAACAAACCCCAGCGCUACGUUUCUAGGCUUCCGAUUCCUCAUCUUCGUCCUCCUCUCGGCCUCGCGCGCGAUCGCCGCCUCUGCGACGUUCGUUGGUUCUUGCUUUUUUACUCAAAUGCAACAAGGUACUGUCCUUCAAAAUUGGCAUUUCAGGGCUUGUGGUGUAAAAGAUGGAGAAACAGAAGAUUUUGGAACUGCGAGCAAGACUUGACAAAACACUUUGUUUGCCCGAUCUUACAAGCCAGGAGUUAAUCAAGUCGCUUGUGAAAAGUCAGCUUUUACACUCGUCAUUGCCCGGUACUGAAGCUAAUAUUGACCUAAUUGUUGAGAAGCGCUCCAAGGAAGUUUCAACUUUGUUAGAAAUGCUUAGAAGUGCUUCAGGAGAUGACGAAGGGGUUUCCAAGGGACAGGGAGCUCUACACAACCAAUGGAAGUUAAAACAAGACACGGACCAACUACGAGUCAUGUACCGCGAAGGUCCACUUGGCACUCCAUUUCAUACACUACUUGCUGAAGGCUAUGCAGAUGGACCAAUUGAUGUUUGUUUAUGUGUGUCAUGGGAGUCAACCUUGUAUAGAAAAUGGUGGCCCCAGUACAACCUGCCAACCUUUAAAAUCACCAUGUCCAAUUGUUUGAAAAAGAUUCGAAUUGGUGAAGAAAUUUCUCUAAUAAGGAUGAAGGUUCCUUGGCCAGUCUCAGAAAGAGAGGCCCUUCUACACUACUUUGAAAUUGAAUACUUAAAAGAAGAUCUUGUCCUCGUACUGCUUAAUGCGAUUUCAGACACAGAACAUAUAGAUAUAAGGUCACAAGGGUUCACUAGAGAAGAGAUUCCUGAAGCAAAAGAUAUAGUACGAGUAGAUUUAGUAGGAGGCUUUGUCGUGCAGAAAGUUACGGACAACCGAUGCUAUUUCAGGACAAUAGCUAAUUUGGAUGUCAAGAUUGACUUUGUGCCACCAUCACUAAUCAACUUCAUAGCAAGGCAGCUGAUAGGCAACGGACAUAAGCUAUUUCAGAAGGCACUUAGUACUGUGGCCAUCAAUGAUGAAGACUACCAGGAGGCUUUAAGAGGACCAAUGUAUGUUAGGAUACGUGAAGGCCUGCAUUCCACUUCCAGCUAUAAACCAGAGGAAUGCGUGCUUACAACUGCUGGAGAACAUACAGCUCUCUUCUCCCGACAACAACAGAAGAUAGUUGGCCCUGCUGUAGAAAAUCCACUUGUUAGAGAUCAUAGUGCUUCCAUCACUGAGAUUGUGGAAGAGGGAAUUCAACAGGUUGACAAAUGGUCGAAGUCGGAUCAACUUUAUGAUGGCUGUUUAUCAAGGUUGAUUGACUGUCGACAACAGAGAGGUUUCAUUAGUCCAGAGGUGGAGCAUGCUCUCAGCAUUUUAGAUACUGCGAUCUCUAUAGUACGAGUUAACAGAGUGUCAUACAACCAAACUGAGUGCUCGCCAGCUGACCUGGAUUUGCCGCCUCGUGAACCAGCUACAAAAGCUGCUUUUAUUAGUGACAGAGAUGCACCUACUGCUGGCUUGAACAUGGAGAAGUUGACAAAGAGUUCUGAAGGCUAUUCACGAGCGAAAGAUUUCAGACAGAUUAGUGCAGGAUCCAUCUUAUCAUCCAAAGAGAAACCUGAAGAUUUUGGUGACAGAGGAGAUGGUUUGGGUAGUUAUCGUCAGGACAAGAUGACGGAAACUGCUCUUGCGGCGACACACAUCCCUUCGCCGUCAAAUAGCACGAGAAAGGUAUGUGGAGGGAAGGUUGCUGUUAAUGGGUUACAUGAGAAGAGUCCAUACGAUGGUCAGUCUAAACGACCUAGGAAGAAUAACAAGUGGAUGUGUUGCUUAAGCCUCAGCCAUUCGAGAGUAUAAAAGCCUGUCAGUUGCUUUAUGUCAAAUGACCGAAGAUCGAAGGAAGGACUUUAAAUAAACAGGCAAAAAGCAGUAGUACAGAAUAGUCAUAAUGUGUAUAGAAGGAUAGAAAUAAAUAAUCAUACUGGGCACAGAAGUAAAGCAGGUAUAUAUAUAUAUAUAUAUAUAUAUAUAUAUAUAUAGAGUUGUGCUGGUAUGCUUAU